AUGUCAUCAGAUGGAGAAUUUACAAGAACUCAAAUCUUUGGUACUGUAUUUGAAAUUACCAAUAGAUAUACUGAUUUAAAUCCAGUUGGUAUGGGAGCAUUUGGUUUAGUAUGUUCAGCAAUUGAUAAAUUAACUGGACAAAAUGUUGCUGUUAAAAAAAUAAUGAAACCAUUUUCAACAGCUGUAUUAGCAAAGAGAACUUAUCGAGAAUUAAAAUUAUUAAAACAUUUAAGACAUGAAAAUUUAAUUACAUUAGAUGAUAUCUUUUUAUCACCUUUAGAAGAUAUUUAUUUUGUUAAUGAAUUACAGGGGACUGAUUUACAUCGAUUAUUAACUUCAAGACCGUUGGAAAAACAAUUUAUUCAAUAUUUUACUUAUCAAAUAUUAAGAGGAUUAAAAUAUAUUCAUUCAGCAGGAGUAAUUCAUCGAGAUUUAAAACCUUCAAAUAUUUUAAUUAAUGAAAAUUGUGAUUUAAAAAUUUGUGAUUUUGGGUUAGCAAGAAUUCAAGAUCCACAAAUGACAGGAUAUGUAUCAACAAGAUAUUAUCGUGCUCCUGAAAUUAUGUUAACUUGGCAAAAAUAUGAUACUGAAGUUGAUUUAUGGUCAGUUGGAUGUAUAUUAGCAGAAAUGAUUGAAGGAAAACCAUUAUUCCCCGGAAAAGAUCAUGUUCAUCAAUUUUCAAUAAUUACUGAAUUAUUAGGAUCACCUCCACCAGAUGUUAUAAAUACAAUUUGUUCAGAAAAUACCCUUAGAUUUGUUAAAUCUUUACCUCAUCGAGAUGCAAUUCCUUUUAGUGAACGAUUUGCAUCAUGUACUCAUGUUGAACCAGAUGCAAUUGAUCUCUUGGGGAGAAUGUUGGUAUUUGACCCCAAAAAGAGAAUUAGUGCUGCUCAAGCAUUAACUCAUCCAUAUAUGGAACCAUAUCAUGAUCCAACUGAUGAACCAAUAUGUGAAACUAAAUUCGAUUGGAGUUUUAAUGAUGCUGAUUUACCAGUUGAUACUUGGAGAGUUAUGAUUUAUAGUGAAAUCUUGGAUUUCCAUCAAACUGUUGGACAAGUACAACAAGCUCAACAACAACAGCAAUAUUUACAACAACAGAUUGAUAGUCAUCAUCCGGUGUAUGAGAAUGAUCAACAGCAGCAACAAAAUGAUGAUAAAUUACAACAAGCCCAUGUCCAAGCUCAAUGA